UCUCACGGGCCGAGUUGCGGAGCCAGAGCGCGGGGGCUGCGCUGCUGACGCCGGCGGGAGGGCCGAGCGGGGGGCGGUGGGUGCCCGCCCGGAGCCCCCGCCCGCCGGUCCCGCCUCCCCGGGGCGCGGCUCCCCCGCCCAUCGGCGCCGGCCCGGGCCCUGUUCCCGGUCGGACGGAGCGCGCGGCGCGCCGGAAGUGCCGCCAACCGGGGCCGGAGCGGGGCGGGAGGAGCGGGAUGAGCAAAGGGCGCGAGGCCGCGGCGGGCGGAGGCGGCGCCGCCGCCGUCCUGCUGCGGUACCUGCGGGAGCAGAACCGUCCGUACAGCGCCCAGGACGCCUUCGGGAACCUGCAGCGGGAGCACGGGCUGGGCAAGGCGGCCGUGGUGAAGGCGCUGGAGCAGCUGGCGCAGCAGGGCCGCGUGCGCGAGAAGGCCUACGGGAAGCAGAAGAUCUACUUCGCCGACCAGGAGCAGCUCCCGGCCGCCAGCGAUGCCGAGCUCCGCAGGCUGGACGAGGAGAUCACCGCCCGCUCCGCACAGCUGCAGGCGCUGCAGCAGAGCUGCCGGCACAUGGAGGCGGAGCUGAAGGACUUGAACAGCUCCAUGACAACCUCCGAGAUGUCCAAGGAGAUCGAGGCGCUGAGGAAGGACUGUGCCAGUUACACGGAGAAACUGGAGAGGAUUAAAUCUGCCACCAACCACGUGACUCCAGAGGAAAAGGAGAAGGUGUGCCGGGAGCAGCAGCUGUACCGCCGGGAGUGGCGCCGGAGGAAGCGGAUGGCCACCGAGCUGCUGGAUGCCAUCCUGGAGGGGUACCCCAAGAGCAAGAAGCAAUUCUUCGUAAGUACUGAGGCUGGAACUUGCCCGGGGCUGCUGAGCCAGGCCGUGACCUGCCCUGACCCACCGGUGCUGUACAGGAGGAGGUCGGGAUAGAGACGGAUGAGGAGCAUGGCGUGGUGCUGCCAGCGGCCCUGUGAGGGGCUGGGGGAGCCUUUGCCCCGGGGAGAAGCUGCUGCUGUGGAGCUGCUGCUGAAACUUGGCUGUUGGGUUGUUCUGUUUCUCUUUUUGCAGGACUUGGGCUCAUCCCGUGUAUUUAUGUGUUUAAAAUUCUUUUGCAGUUGGAAGGGUGGUGGGUGGGAGAGACUUGGCACUGGCCCUCUCCUUGCAGAGGGAUGUUGUUUCUUCCUGCCCCUCAGCACAGGGAGCUGCCAAACUGGGGUCCAGUGGGGCUGAGGAGAGGUGUGGGGGCACUGGUGCUGUGUCCCUGCUGUUCUGGUAAGAAAAGGGAUGUGGGGGAGGUGGGGGGCACUGGUGCUCCAGUACGGAAAGAGGGAGGGACUGUCAGGGCUGCAGAGCUCUGUAUGUGAUCCAGCCCCUUCUCGCUGUGUGCCUGAGUGGUCACACAAGAAUACAAUCCAUUAAACACCAGAAUUUUGGUUCA